GGAGAGCUGAAGAUGAAAGAGCAAUUUUUUGAGACAACUUGCAACAUCGUUGUAAUAUUCUGUGUUUGUGCGAAUAUAUAUUCCUUAUUCAUUAUCGUGCCGAGGUAAACGGUCACCGUCCUUACGCACGUGUUCCGACUUCCGGCGAUCUCAUCUACUCGUAAAACCCAGCAACUCACAAAAAUCAGAACUUUAUUAGAGUUGCCAGAACAAAGAAAUAUAGCUAUGAAAGCUUUGUUAUAUCCCGACCCAUUGAUAUCUCCAGUACCAAUUACAAAAACCAGACCUUUUUUGAAUCCUCAAACUUCCGUUCGAAUUCCCAUUAAACGCGUCGACUAUUGGGUCGGGAAAAGCAGUUAUUCGGCCAUUAAUGCUGUAUUGGAUUCGGCAUCGAUUGAUGAACAAGAACCCGAUAUUAAGAACCCGUCUCUGUCAACUUCGUAUCGGAAUUCUGAGUUACCAAAGCCCAAUCAGACUGUACUGGAAGCUCAAACCAAAGUUUGUACUGGGCCAACUCAAACCAGGCCUCUCACUGAGGAACAUGCCUUCAAGGUUUUGGACACCAUUUUGAAAUCAGCAAAGGGAGAGCUCAAAGACGAAGAACCAGUAUCAAAAGCACAACUUGGGGCAUUUUUUUCUGCAAUGACCAUUCGUGCAAAUGCCUUCCCAGAGCCAACCCAAUGGAGUGAAGGGGAAAGGCGUGCAAUGAACCAUUAUUGGCCGCAAUUGAUUCGAGUGCUUCCCCAGGAUACCAUAUUUAUUGCUGAUCCAGAAGGCUCGAUAAUGGGAGUUGGCAGUUCAAUAGGCCCUCAAUUCGUUGGUAAUGGUACUGCGGAGAUGAGACUCGUUGGUGCCCUUAGGGAAGUUUUGGCUGGGGGUCAUCUUGGAUAUGAGGAAGUUCAGGGUGUUCUAAAAGAUGUCCUUCCAUUGAAAGCAGGAGAAAUGGAAUCAUCUAGUGCAAGUGAGUCACUGUUUUCUGCAUUUAUGAUAGGCCAACGAAUGAAUCGGGAAACAGAUCGUGAGCUGAAAGCCUACUGCCUUGCAUUUGAUAAUGAACUUGGCCCUGCACCAGUUGCUGAUGUAAACUCAUUGACUCACUACGGUGAGCCUUAUGAUGGAAAUACCCGCUAC